AUGGCACCUGUACCUGCAUAUUUUCUGCAGGCCGAGCAAAUAGACCUAACCUCUUACCACGACCUGCAUAUAUGCGCCUUCGGAUACAAACCGAAGCGCCUCUUCCUCAAGCUAAAGGCUUGGUUCCCAUUGACUGACGAUGCCAAUAUUCUCGGUCUUAAGACGUCUCUAUGUAGUACCGUCCAGGUGCUCAAAGCCGCCAAAAUCAAGCCCUCAGAGUUGACCUUGGAACUCGAUGGUUUCGAACUGCUGGAUGAACUCACAACUGCAGGCGUAGUGAGAGAUGCGGACUUGAUUGUUAUCAAAGGAAGACGGGAUGGCAGCAGCAGGAAAAGGAAAGCAGAAACUGAAUCUCCAGUGGCACGAGACGCGAAGAGGGUCAAGCCUGUCAUUGUUUCUUCUGAUUCUGAAGACUCUACCGACUCGGAUUCGUCUACCGACUCUUCCUCCAGCGACUCCUCAUCCAGCGACUCCACGUCCAGCGAUUCUUCGCCAUCCGUGGUGUCCGUCAAGAAGAAACCACCCCCAUCUCCUGUAAAACAGCAAAAUCACGUCCCACCGGGCUUGGGUACACAGCAAACGCGGAGUCGUAACCAACGUCGGCGACUGAAGAAAAAAUACGAAGCAGAAGCUGCUAACUCCACUCCCCCGACGGCACCUAGGCCAAAAGAUCUCUCAUCGACCAAUGGAGUUCCUCUAGGCCGAAAAACGCCCACGGAAAACGAGCUUAGCCUAUCGAUGUUCUCCCUCGGGAACAAGAACAAGAAAAAAGGCUUCAAGCGGAAGCUCACCCUUCCUGCGACGUCUAAGAUCGUUUUCCAGGGCCAAAUGCCGCGGCUCGUACCUCCAUCAGAACGGGAAAAUUUACCGGCUUAUGUUUUUGUGACGAGUGUCGAUGUCGAGGCAGACAAGUGGGGAAAGAAGGAGAAGAAGGAAGCUAUUGAAGAGGUGGUUCUGGAUUAUGGGGAAGAGGAAGUCGCCGAGGAAGAGGAUGCCGUCGACGAAGAAGCCAAUAAGUUGUGGGAGGUAGCAGAGGCAAAUUUCGAUUCGUAUUCCAUCCUAAACCAGCCAGACCAAAACCACGUCGGAAGCAUAGUCGCUUGGAAGGCUCUGGCACUUAAUCCGAUAACAUUCUCGCCCGAAGUCAGUCUCCACCUGGCGCGCGUCAUGGCUGUAAAUGCCGAGAACGCGUAUGUCAUCUCAAGACUUGUCAGACCUGGAUGGGAAACGGGCGAUGAACCAACCGAAGACGAGACCAUCGUAUGGGAUGAUGUCCUGACUAUGGGACUGAAAAACGCUGGUCGAGAGUGACGCGUUACGGAUAUCCAGCCUUCGGAGGCCAGGCCCGAGCCUUCUGUAUCUCCUCUGCCGGAACUUCAUCUGGUAUAUGAAGUUACAUCUUCUCGAGUCAGCGAUUUGGAUCCACAUCCCCCGGUCUGGUGUAUCUUCGCUACUUAGUACUAGCACGCUGGAAAGGCUAUCCUUAGCUAAUUCGUGCUGUGUCCAGCACGCCUAACGCUGACAUAAUACGGU